ACUAUUUGCAUAUUGUCAGCUGAAAUGCACUUCGGCUGGAGUUCCCCAUCCAUUCCACUCCUCACAAACGGCUCUUACAAAAUCCACAUAGACGGAGAUGAGGCCUCUUGGCUAGCCGUUACUUUGUUGCCGGGAACCAUCGUAGGUGCCAUCAUCGCAGGAAAAUGUGCAGGACUUUUUGGCCGAAAAAAAGUUAUACUUAUGACCAGUUUGCCUCUUUUGCUAGGAUGGAUCUUGAUUGCAGUUGCAAACGAAGUUGCGGUAUUGCACGUGGCAAGAUUUAUAGCCGGAAUAUCCAUUGGACUUUCUUUCACUGUGAUUCCUAUGUAUUUGGGGGAGAUAGCAGAGCCUCAAAUCAGAGGAGUGCUUUCAUCAUUUUGCCCCUUGUGCAUAGUUUUUGGAAUCCUGCUCAUCAACGUGUUAGGAAACUACUUGCCUAUCAACAUUACAGCGAUGAUUUCCUGCAUCUUUCCAGUUAUCCUGUUUGUAACCUUCGUUGGGAUGCCAGAAAGCCCUUACUUUCUCUUUGAAAACGGAAGAUUUGAAGAAGCGAAGGAAACGUUGAGAAUUUUACGUGGAGAAGAUGAAGCAGACAAAGAACUGGAAAAAAUACGUCAAAAUGUAUUCGAGGAGUCGGAAAAUAUGAGCAUUUUCAAAUAUUUUUUCCUAGACAAGGUUAACAGAAAAGCUGCGCUGGUUGCCUAUGGCUUAAGGACUAUCCAGCAGUUCUGUGGAACGACUGCCAUCACAUUUUACUGUAAAACAAUUUUUGAGGAAGAACAACCCAUUCUAUCUGCUAGUUUGUCGACGAAUUUGUACUUCUUCAUACAACUUUGUGUCGCCUUUUUUACCAUUUUCGUGGUCGAUAUUUCCGGGCGGAAGCCUCUCUUGCUGAUCUCUCUCGUUGGCUGUUCAGUGACACUGUUAAUGAUGGGCGCCUACCUUUUUGUGAAGAACAAACUUGAUAUCGAUUGGAAUUUCGCGAGUUUCGUUCCUCUGGUGGUUCUUUAUCUGAAUGUUGUGUUUCUUGGAAUCGGGGUUAGGAAUAUUCCCAUUUUGAUGAUGGGAGAGUUAUUCUCCCCAAGAGUAAAACCAUUCGCUUCGUGUAUUGGCACUAUUUAUUUCAGUUUAUUGUCGAUGGUAUCAGCUAAAAUGUUCUAUAUCAUCAACAUUAAAUUCGGAAUGUAUAUGUCUUUCUGGAUAUAUGGAUUUCUCUCACUCAUUAGCAUCGUUUUCGUAAUAUUUGUCGUUCCAGAAACCAAGGGAUUGAGAUUAGAGGAUAUCCAGUUGAGACUUGGAAAAAGAUGCCGGACCGAAGACAUAAUUCUGUGAAGCUGAUGCCUCAGUGAUGAAAGAAGCUUCACUUUCUGCCAAGUGAUAUUAUUAUUUUUUC